AUGAAAAUUCUUAUGAAUAAGACAGAAUUACACCAAAAUUACUCAAUUUCACAUAAAAAACAAGAAUUAUAUAGAACAAUUAGAGCUAUUUUCCGUAUACUCCUUAUAUUCUUAUUAUGUGGCGUAUUUUAUGUUAAUUGCACCAAGAAUAUAGAAGAAAUUUAUAAUACAAAUCUUCAAGACUCCAGUAAUAAAAGAGCAUUUGUAAACCCAUACGGUUCAUUGGGUAUGCUAGCUGGAUUUAUAGAUGAAUUCUGUGGGUUUAUGUAUAAUAAACGACUGUUUUCAGCCGAAUUAGAUAUGAAUUAUAUUAACUGGGAAAGUAGUAAAGAAGGAAUAUUCUUUAAUGGCAAUAAUAUAGCAAAAGAAAGAGUGCACAGAAUUUUCUCAAAUGAUAUGAAAAUGUCUUACUAUUCAUAUUUAUACCAUACAGUACUUAUAAAUAUGUUUUAUAUUGCUAAUGACACAGUAAGUAUCAGACUAAAUAAUUCAAAUUCAGAUCCGGAAUUAUUCCGAUUUCUUAAUGCUCCCAGUGUGAAACCGCAUUCGCAUAAGAUUAUUGCUGCAUUAUUAUUACUAUCAGAAGGUGUACAUGUGAAUAUAAAAACAGAAACAAUUGAAAAUCAGAGAUUCUUGAUUAUUUCAGAUAUAAAUAUAUCUGAUCAAGUAAUUAGUAUAAAUAUAUCUGAGGUAAUCAAAGAUUCUAAUGAUUUACAGGAUAUAAAUGAAGUACUACAGUCAGAGUAUAAGAAUAAAAUAGAAAUUAUUAUUAAUUUCUUCUUAUACGUAUGUAAUAACCCGAAUAUUCAAGAAUUAUAUGAUAUUACAGAGACUCCCACAAUUGGCUCAUUUAAUGAAGGCAAAUUCAUGGACAGUUCUAGAUGGCUUAUUCAGAUUUAUAUUUAUAAGUACAUGAACAGCCAACAAGAAAUGAUUCAGUUUAUAAAAAUAGUAUACAGUACACUACAAAAAAUAAUAAAAACGUCUACUAAAAAGAAACUUUCAAGUGAAAGAAUAAAUUCAGCUAAAACCCUGCGUAGAAAAUGCUUUAUACUCACAAAAAGAAGAACUCCUAAAAUGUGCCAAGAACUAAUCCAUAUAAAUAAGAUAAAUUCUCACAUAAACAAUACUGAUAAAAUGAAAUUAAUACCAUUUUCAGAAUUUGAAGAUGUCUCUAAAAAGAGAAGAAUACUUCAUUUCUACAGUAAUAGAAGUAAUAUAGUAGAACUUGCAAAACCAAAAGAUCACAGUGCUGCUGAAAAUACUCUUUUGGGAAUAAUCUGCUGCUUUCUAUUUGAUGUUAGAACACAGGAGUACAAUUUAGACCACCUUCCAUAUAUUAAAAGUGAUUUAAAAAGGCUUUUUUGUAUGCCAGACUCUUCCAUUAUUAAUAUACUUAAUAAUAGAAUGUACGGAAAUUCUUCACUUUCUUAUAAUUCUAAAAAUAAAAAAAUCAUCCCGGGUAAGAAAAUAAGUAAAGAAGCGUACACAGCAUGGACUGAGAUAAUCCAAAAAUUAAAUAACAAAGAUAUCUCAUAUUGUGAUAGUACAAAACGCAGUAUAUAUCCAGGGCUAAUUAACCUUCUUUAUAUAAUAUCAGAACUUACAGGUACGUAUGAAUCAGAAAAGCAUCACAUUAAGAGUCUACGCGAUUCUUUGGCCUGCAUAUGUAGGGGGUAUGAUAUGCAUGAGGAUAGUAAUGACAGUUCAGAAGCAGAUUCUGAUUAUUUACAAGAGCUUCAUAAUUUUGCGACUAAAAAUAUCACAGAGUACAUUACAAAAUUCUUUACAUCUCUUUCUAGGAAUUGUCUUCCGAAAUCAAAACCAUCGGAUUUUAAUCCGUGUGCUAUGAAAAUACAAUUUUUACCAUCAAAAGCCAUCUGGAAAGGCGGUAAAAUAGAUAUAUUCGGUAAAUUGUUCAUAAAUUAUGAUUAUAAUGGAUGCACUGAUGGGAUUUUCAUAUAUUUUAAUCCUUUUGAUAGUAAAGUGUCUUUAGAUAAUCAAUAUACUGGAUUAUUACCAGAUACUUUAAACAUAUUUAAAUCCAUAAAUAAUCAAAUUAAAUCCAGAGAUAUUCAUAAUUUAACUGGGCAUAUGGUUAAUCAUUAUAUAUCACAAAGGAUUAAGCACUUUACACUGCCUAGAGAAGGAUUAAUUAUCGACUUGCCAUGUAUCGUUUACACCAUAGACCAGUUUGACUCUAUUAAUAUUAUACAUAUGCAAGGCAAGCUCAGCACAUAUAGACUUAAAUCUGAUUUGAUCAUUUGCCUUAAUAUACUAUUACUUAAAGAUACGUCAAAUAUAAAAAUGCCCGUUAUUUCAGCUAUUAAAAAUAUUCUUAGCAAUUACUUUGUCAACAAUAAAGACAAAUCCGUAUCCCUGCCAGGGCCAUUAAAUACGAAUAUGUAUAAUAUAUCUGAUUAUAGUUCAAAUACACCACAUGUUUUUGAUCUUUCUGAUAUAACCCGAAUGAUUAAGUACUUAAUAUUGCUAAAAUCACCAAAAUAUAUCAUAUACUGGAUAACAUUAUACUUGAAUAAUGAUAGAUUUUUCUAUUCUUACUUUAAACAAGAAUUCUUAUUUUCUAUAUCACACUAUGAAAUAAUUUCAUUAUUUGAUUGUUUAACAGAAGAUGGUACUAAUUUGCACAAUGUUAAUAGGAUAUGUGAUAUACUCCCAUUACAUGUAGAAUCAGACGAAUAUAUCAACAGGUUUUUUAAUGAGGCAGUUUAUUCUUUUUUGAAUUUUUAUUUUAUUAGUAUAUCUUUGUAUAGACAAUAUGAUAAUAUUAUAAAGGAGAUAUUUAAUACUUUCUCUAUAUUUUCAUCGUAUAAAUUACUGUUAUUUUAA